GCCACAGUAACAAUGUAACAAACAGCAGACGGCGCUCGCUAAAUAAUAUCUGAGGAAUUUCUAUCUGACUGAUAAAUUCAGUGUGGCGUCACUUACCGGUUUCCGCUUCCGAGUCACGCGCGGCCCCGCCCCUUCCCUCGCCAUUGCAAACAUGGCGGCCGGCCCACUGUGGCGGCGAUGCCCGAGGUGGACCGUCAGUCGCGCCGGUUCGAAUUUACGGGAGGCGGAGAGGCGCUUCUUCGGGCUCGGAGCCGCCGCGUCUCCGGGGCGGGCGUCCUGGAAAUGGUGGCGGGCAGACGAGGUGCCAAAUUUACAAUUAAAGCAGAAGAUCCUCCAGAGGUCAACGUGGGCGUCUUUAUCGCUUGUCAGACAGAAGUGUCCAACACGUUCCCGUCGGGCGCUUCACGGCGACGCCAAACCCAAAGACCCUUUCGCGCUCGCCAACAAAGACUUGAAGAGUUUAUACGACGACAUCAAAAAGGAGCUUUUUGUGUCCAAAGAGGAGCUCAAGUCUCUGUGUCACUACUACUUUGACGGAAAGGGCAAAGCCAUUCGGCCCACGAUCGUCAUCCUGAUGGCGCGCGCCCUCAACAUACACGGCGACCGAGCGGGCGAGUUGCUCCCCGGCCAGCGCGCCGUGGCCAUGGUCUCGGAGAUGAUCCACACGGCCAGCCUGGUGCACGACGACGUCAUCGACGGCUCGGACGAGCGGCGGGGGAAGCGCACCGUCAACCGCCUGUGGGGCGAAAGGAAGGCCAUCUUGGCGGGAGACUUCAUCUUGUCGGCCGCCUCCGCGGCGCUGGCCCGCGUCGGCGACGUCGCCGUCGUCAAAGUGUUGGCGCAGGUCAUCGAGGACCUCGUCAGAGGCGAGUUCAUGCAGUUGGGCUCCAAGGAGAACGAGAACGAGCGCUUCGAGCACUACUUGGACAAAAGCUUCAAGAAGACGGCCAGCCUCAUCGCCCACAGUUGCAAAGCAGUGUCCAUUUUGGUCAGUUCGGACCCGGACGUACAUGAGAUCGCUUUCCAGUACGGCAGGAACGUGGGCAUCGCCUUUCAGCUGGUGGACGACGUUCUGGACUUCACGGCGGGCGCCAGCCAGCUGGGCAAACCUUCGGCCGCCGACCUCAAGCUGGGCCUGGCCACGGGACCGGUUCUGUUCGCCUGCCGGCAGUUUCCGGAGCUGCACGCCAUGAUCAUGAGACGCUUCAGCUCCAAAGGGGACGUGGACCGGGCCUGGCGCUACGUCAUCCAGAGCGACGGCGUGCGGCAGACCAACUUCCUGGCGCGGCGUUACUGCCAGGAAGCCGUGCGCCACGUCAGCAGGCUGCGACCGUCGGCCGAGAGGGACGCCCUCGUCGCGCUCGCUCACAUGGUGCUCGCCCGGGACAAGUGAACCCGUCCACGGUCCGACUUUGAAAGUCCCACCGAUGACGUCUUUUUCUACCUCGACGCAAAAACGAACUGUGGGCAGUUCAUUAGGUACCCUGCAGUCGCCGCCAUUUAGCGGCUUACCUCACCGAUUGGCAAACGCACGGAGCCCCCAGAUGUGGCAUUUGCGGUCACAAUAGAUACAACGUCUGCGCCCCCCCCCCCCCCCCAAAUCCAAAAAGUGUGACCACCGAAUCGCAUUUCGCGGCGACCUCCCUAAUUUGAAGGUUUUAACAUCUUUCGCGUGCACAACGUUGCGGUGUGGGUCAGCAAAUGGAGCGCACCCUCGCCGCAAAACCUCCUUCCCGUCUUCCGUUUGCCUAACCGACGGUCCGCGAAUGAUUUCCGUGACGUGAGGCCACAAAUGAGUAUUUUGGGGGCUCCGUACAAAUGUGCGUUGACGAUUAUUUAGAUGCUCCGCACGGAAUGAGUGAAACGAUGACGGCGACGCGCUGAGCUCGCGUACUGUACUGUAAUGCUAACAAAUGUGUGUACUGUGUAGUCCUUCCUUUUCCUUCCCGGAUCCGUCCGCACUUGAAAUCUUACCGACGGGUGACGAUCGCGGCCUUAACGUCUGCAACUACUGCUCAAUAAACGGAUUCAAUAUG